AAGAAUAAUCAAUAAUGUCAGCACUAAACUGGAAGCCCUUUAUCUAUGGAGGUUUAGCAUCAAUCACUGCAGAAUGUGGUACUUUCCCUAUUGAUCUGACCAAAACACGUCUCCAGGUUCAAGGUCAAGUUAAUGAUGCCAAAUAUAAAGAGAUCCGCUACCGUGGAAUGGUGCAUGCACUAGUCAGAAUAUGCAGAGAAGAAGGAUUGAAAGCCUUAUACUCUGGGAUUGCACCUGCAAUGCUACGGCAAGCUUCAUAUGGAACUAUAAAAAUAGGCACUUACCAGAGCUUAAAAAGAACAUUUGUUGAACAUCCAGAAGAUGAAACCCUCAUGAUUAAUGUUCUAUGUGGUGUUCUUUCGGGAGUCAUCUCAUCAUCUAUUGCCAAUCCUACAGAUGUCUUAAAGAUCAGAAUGCAAGCCCAAGGUAGUGUGAUUCAAGGAGGAAUGAUGGGCAACUUCAUACAGAUCUACCAAAAGGAAGGCACUAAAGGCUUAUGGAAGGGAGUAUCAUUGACAGCACAGAGAGCUGCUAUUGUUGUUGGAGUGGAACUGCCAGUGUAUGACCUUACCAAGAAGCACAUAAUUAUGUCUGGAUUUAUGGGAGAUACAGUAUAUACACACUUCCUCUCAAGUUUUACUUGCGGGUUAGCUGGAGCCCUUGCAUCCAACCCAAUUGAUGUUGUAAGAACACGCAUGAUGAAUCAGAGAAGCCAACAACAUGGGGGACACUCAAACUACAAGGGUACUUUGGAUUGCUUGUUACAAACAUGGAAGAAUGAAGGCUUUUUUGCUCUAUAUAAGGGGUUUUGGCCAAACUGGUUAAGACUUGGUCCUUGGAAUAUCAUUUUCUUUCUGACAUAUGAACAGCUGAAGAAAUUGGACUGA